ACGUCAAAGUCGAAGUCGGCAUCGGUCGGGUCGGAGCCUGUUGACGUGCAAAGUCUUUUUGCGAUUCCUCCGUGUGGACACAUUUUUCGGAUCAUUACGAGGCGUAAUCGGAUUGUUUAGUGCGGAUUUUACGCGAAAUCUGUGGAAACUGACUUUGUGAACCCGGUGUCCAGCGAUCUGAGCGAACGAUGAGUACGAUUUUGGAAAAGAUCGCCCAAAUCGAGGCCGAGAUGGCCCGUACUCAGCGGAACAAGGCCACGGCCGGCCAUUUGGGUCUGCUGAAGGCUCGAUUGGCCAAACUGCGACGGGAGCUGAUCACUCCCAAGGGAGGCGGCGGUGCAUCCGAGCAGGGGUUCGAAGUGUCCAAAACCGGAGAUGCCCGGGUUGGGUUCGUCGGGUUUCCCUCCGUCGGCAAAUCGACACUGUUGUCCAAUUUGGCCGGGGUGUACUCGGAAGUGGCGGCAUACGAGUUCACAACGCUUACGACGGUUCCUGGCUGCAUUAAAUACAAGGGAGCAAAGAUUCAGCUGCUCGAUUUACCGGGAAUCAUUGAAGGCGCCAAGGAUGGCAAGGGUCGUGGUCGGCAGGUCAUUGCCGUGGCUCGGACGUGUAACUUGAUAUUCAUGGUUCUGGACGUGUUGAAACCGUUGACGCAUAAAAAGCUGCUGGAGCAUGAAUUGGAGGGCUUCGGAUUGCGUCUGAAUAAACAACCGCCCAACAUAAGCUUCCGGAAAAAGGACAAGGGAGGAGUGAACCUAAACGCAACGGUGGCCCAAUCAGAACUGGACUUGGACACCGUAAAAUCCAUCCUGUCCGAGUACAAGAUACACAAUGCGGACAUCACCCUCAAAUACGACGCCACGACGGAUGAUCUAAUCGAUGUGAUCGAAGGCAACCGGAUCUAUAUUCCGUGCAUUUACCUGCUGAACAAGAUUGAUCAGAUCAGUAUCGAGGAGCUGGACGUGAUCUAUAAGAUUCCGCACUGCGUGCCCAUUUCGGCGCAUCACCAUUGGAACUUUGACGACCUGCUGGAGAUGAUGUGGAAGUACUUGAAGCUGGUGCGCAUCUACACGAAACCGAAGGGACAACUGCCGGACUACAGCUCGCCGAUUGUGCUACACAACGAGCACACGACGAUCGAGAACUUCUGCAACAAACUGCAUCGCACCAUCGCCAAGGAAUUCAAAUAUGCCCUGGUGUGGGGUUCCUCCGUGAAGCAUCAACCGCAGAAGGUCGGCAUCGAUCACGUGCUGAACGACGAAGACGUCGUACAGAUCGUGAAAAAGGUUUGAGAGCCUGCCCAGCAAAUCAGCAACAAUUGUGUAAGUCUAUUACUAUUAAAUCAUUUAUUCAACAGUUUCUUUUUGAAAAUGGCAAAGUU